AUAUCUGUAUUCUGUAGAACAUCCUAAAAAUGUCUUUAUUUAUGAUCAUGUUUUUUUUCUUCUGUCAGAAAUCGUGCCAUAGCUGAUUAUCUGCGUUCCAAUGGAUAUGAAGAGGCCUACUCCACCUUCAAGAAAGAAGCAGAGUUAGAUAUGAAUGAAGAAGUAGAUAAAAAGUACGCAGGGCUGUUGGAAAAGAAAUGGACCUCAGUCAUCAGAUUACAGAAGAAGGUGAUGGAGUUGGAGUCAAAGUUAAACGAGGCAAAGGAGGAGAUGACACACGGUGGCUCAGUGGGUCUGAAGAGAGACCCUAAAGAGUGGAUCCCCCGCCCCCCAGAGAGAUACGCCCUGAGUGGACACCGUGCUCCAGUCACACGUGUCAUUUUCCAUCCGGUCUUCUCUGUGAUGGUCACAGCCUCAGAAGACGCCACGAUCAAGGUUUGGGACUACGAGGCAGGAGACUUUGAGCGGACCCUGAAGGGCCACACGGACUCUGUGCAGGACAUUUCCUUUGAUCAGACAGGAAAACUACUGGCCUCCUGUUCAGCCGACAUGAGCAUCAAACUCUGGGACUUCCAGGGUUUCGAGUGCAUCCGAACGAUGCACGGCCAUGAUCACAACGUGUCGUCUGUCGCCAUCAUGCCAAACGGCGACCACAUAGUGUCUGCCUCCAGGGACAAGACCAUCAAGAUGUGGGAGGUGGCCACUGGGUACUGUGUGAAGACUUUCACGGGCCACAGGGAGUGGGUGAGGAUGGUGCGUCCCAACCAGGACGGCUCGCUGAUCGCCAGCUGCUCCAACGACCAGACGGUGCGUGUCUGGGUGGUGGCCUCCAAGGAGUGCAAAGCUGAGUUGAGGGAGCACGAACAUGUGGUGGAGUGUAUCUCCUGGGCGCCUGACAGUGCUCACCCCACCAUCCUGGAGGCCACGGGCUCAGAGAGUAAGAAAAGUGGGAAACCUGGUCCCUUCCUUCUGUCUGGAUCCAGAGACAAGACCAUAAAGAUGUGGGACGUCAGCAUUGGCAUGUGUCUCAUGACUCUGGUGGGACACGACAACUGGGUCCGUGGUCUCAUGUUUCACCCUGGUGGACGCUUCAUCGUGAGCUGCGCUGACGACAAAACCAUCAGGAUCUGGGACUACAAGAACAAACGCUGCCUGAAGACCCUGAGCGCCCACGAACACUUCGUUACCUCCCUGGAUUUCCAUAAGACGGCUCCCUACGUGGUGACAGGAAGUGUGGAUCAGACAGUCAAAGUCUGGGAGUGUCGCUGAAGUCAACCGUCCUCCCUCCUCACCCGUCUGACCCCCAGCCUCCCCCCUCUGACCUGACUCCCAGCUCAGCUUCUCACCUCUCGCACUACCAACCAUAGUUGACCAUGGCGCUUACCCCCUCCUCCUUCACCCCCCCCCCCCCUCCCCCCCCCCCCCCCCAUUCCUCCCCCCCGUCACUUCCAGUCCUCCUAAGGUGACUAUUGUCCUUUUAUGUAAAUUAUUCUGGAUGUAGGGUACGCUAAUAAAUGUCACGCAGUCUCUGACACAUAAACACACUCAGAAGAUAAGAAGUAUUCCUUGCAUGGUAAAACAACAAAAAUGUAAAUUUGCAGACUUUGCAUAUGGUUGUCAUGACUACCUGGUUGAAGGGUGAAUAUCCCCGUGUGCUGCCACAGGUGUCUUUUUCUGGAAACUGACGGUGCACGAAAAAACCAAUGGCACCCCCUGUUGAAGGGGUAUAGUUUUUUUUUGUUAUUUAGUUUUUCUCCUUCCUCUGUUGUUGUUCUGUCACUGCACAGCUGCUGAUGAUGAGUGACAGCUGUCAGGACCAGAAGUGAAGUAUUAACUUCCUGUCGGAGUCACGCGAGGUUGUGUGGGUGAGUGUGUGUGUGUGUGUGUGUGUGUGUGUGUUUGUACAUUAGGACAGGAGACGCUCUCCACCCUCUCUGCUCUGAUGGACGGGGGGGAGAAGCCUCUCACCCACUGUGUUCAUUCAUUCAUCAACAAACGGACUUUCUGGAAACUCACAGGACCUUAACGACCCACAAGCUGCUGAACACACGGCCCACAGGCUAAUGUGCAUUUGACAGAGGUUAAAAAAAGAGAUUUGUGUGUGUGUGUGUGUCUUUGUCUGUAAGCCCCUCCCUCAAAGAAAUCGCCUGGUGCCCUCUCGCUCACUAGCUCUUAAUCUCUGCCUUCAAAACCUAGUGAGGGCGCCGCAAAAGUUUUCUUUCUGCUUUCUGUGGUGUCACUGCUCUCUUACACACAUACACAUACACUCACCAAUGCACAUACACGCACAGUAAAAGUUGUGUAUCAAUAUAUCUGGAUGUCAUUGUUUGCAACAUAAUGGAAUAAAAUUCUGUAAAUAUGA